CUUCUGUCAAAGGUUGCUACCAAAAGUAUUGAAAGAGAACUCAUCUGCCCAGCAUGCAAGGAGUUGUUCACCCACCCGCUGAUCCUUCCUUGUCAACACAACUUGUGUCACAAAUGUGUGAAAGAUAUACUAUUCACAGUUGAAGACUCAUUUGCUGAUGCAGGUUCUGAAUCCUCAAAUCAGAGCAGCCCGCGGUUCCGAAUCUCUUCUGCUAGCAUGGACAAGAUUGACAGAAUUAGUAGAUCAGGCAGAAAACACAACUCUUUGACUCCUAGAACAACUAUGUUUCCUUGUCCUGGCUGCCUGCAUGAUAUUGAUCUCGGAGAACGUGGUGUCAAUGGCUUAUUUCGAAAUUUCACUUUGGAAACAAUUGUGGAGCGACACCGACAGGCAGCCAGGGCAGCCAUAGCUAUUAUGUGUGACUUCUGCAAACCUCCGCCUCAAGAAUCCACAAAGAGCUGCAUGGACUGCAGUGCAAGCUAUUGCAAUGAAUGUUUCAAGGUGCACCAUCCCUGGGGAACUGUAAAAGCUCAGCAUGAGUACGUUGGACCAACCACUAACACCAGACUUAAAGUUCUGAUGUGUCCAGAACAUGAAAUGGAGAAAGUGAACAUGUACUGUGAAAUCUGCAGAAGGCCUGUCUGCCAUCUCUGUAAACUGGGUGGAUCUCAUGCAAACCACAGGAUAACAGCAAUGAGUACUGCCUAUAAAACUCUGAAGGAGAAGCUUUCAAAAGAUAUAGAGUAUCUCAUCAGUAAGGAGAGCCAAGUAAAAGCUCACAUCUCACAGCUGGGUCUUCUGCUGAAAGAAACAGAGUGCAAUGGGGAAAGAGCUAAAGAAGAGGCAUCUCAGAGUUUUGAGAAAUUAAUUAAUAUCCUGGAGGAGAAGAAGUCUGCAGCUCUUAGGGCAAUUGAAGUGUCUAAGAAUAUAAGGCUGGACAAAUUGCGAACUCAAGCAGAAGAAUAUCAAGGUCUCCUGGAAAAUAAUGGCCUUGUAGGAUAUGCUCAAGAAGUGCUUAAAGAAACUGAUCAGUCCUGUUUUGUUCAAACAGCAAAACAACUUCACGUCAGAAUACAAAAAGCUACUGAAUCUCUGAAGAGCUUCCGGCCAGCAGCUGAAAGCUCUUUUGAAGGUUUUGUGGUGGACACAACCAAGCAAGAAGUGAUCCUUGAUGACUUAUCCUUCUAUUCCAGUGGUCUGGAAGUACCAGAAAUCAAUGAGGAGCAAUGCAGAAUGUAUAACAAAGCUGUGAUCAGCUGGGAGUCCUCCAAGAAGACAGACUCUGCUGAUAUGUACGUUCUUCAGUAUCGCAAGCUUAGUAGAGAAGAGGAGAGUGUGAUGUGGCAGGAGGUUGAAGUUUGCAGCAAGAGCAAAGUCAUACCUGAUCUUGAUGAAGACAGUAGCUACGCCUUUAGAGUUCGAGGGUACAAAGGGGCCAUGUGUAGCUCGUGGAGCAAAGAAGUUAUUUUGCGUACACCUCCUGCUCCAGUUCUUAGCUUUCUUUUUGAUGACAAAUGCGGGUACAACAGUGAAUUUCUCCUGCUGAACCCAGAAAGAACGUCUGUGGAAAGCAGGGCUGGAUUUCCUUUACUGCUAAGAGCUGAACCCCAAAUCACUUGA